CAUGCCAGCUUCCUCAUAUUUUCUCCUAUUCUUCUUUAUGAACUUCUUCUCACCUGCUCAAAGCUACCUUCUGACACACUGCGAACCCGUUAAUGAGACCGUCUCUGUGGAGAAAGAUGGCUGCCCGAAAUGCCUGGCGUUUCAAACCAGCAUCUGCAGCGGACACUGCUUCACCAAGGAACCUGUGUACAAGAGCCCGUUCUCUUCCAUCUACCAGCAUGUGUGCACCUACAGAGACGUCCGCUAUGAAACCAUUCGCCUGCCAGACUGUCGCCCUGGUGUGGAUCCUCAUGUCACAUAUCCUGUGGCACUAAGCUGUGAGUGCAGUCUGUGCACCAUGGACACCUCAGACUGCACCAUCGAGAGCCUGAAUCCUGAUUUCUGCAUGACACAGAAAGAGUUUAUUCUGGACUAUUGA